ACAGUCCCGAAUGAUUUGAAUCACUGCUGAUUUUACCCUAACGGGUGUAUCGAAUGACAUGGUGUUUCAUUGACGGGUAAGAGAACACGCGAGAGUAACUAGUAUUCAGUAGCGGGUGAAAGCUGGACGAAUGAGUGAACCUACGAAUGGGUGAGAGGUAAACAGGAGAUGAACUGGAAUAGCAGUGGCAAGCGAGUCAGUCAGUGUUCGGCAACGCAAGGCAACGGUUCAUAAGUAUAAAGUUACUGUAUGAUAGGAACCGACGAAUAACCGCAUUUUACAAUGGCGACGAGGAUCAAAAUAGAUGCGACUGCAAUGCCACCUUUCAAGGUGGGCACAGAUCCAAGAAAUGAUUGGAUCAAGUGGAAGAGGGCACUGGAACGGUUUUUGCAAGCGAACAAAAUCGAGGAUGAUGAAGAAAAGUGUAAUUUGCUGCUAGUGCUGGGCGGUAUCGAUCUCCAAACAUAUUACGACAAAGUAGCGAAAUGGGAGGUGCACAAAACAGUGGAGGAGGGUGAAGAAAUAGUGGUUCUCCAGUAUGAGUCAGCUAUUUUAUCACUUGAUGAAUACUUUGCACCCCAGUUGAGGAGGAGAUUCGAACGACAUCUUCUGAGGUCAAUGCGACAGAACGACCAAGAGCCAUUUGAAGAGUAUGUAUUCCGACUACGAGAACAGGCAAAUCGUUGUUCAUUCAUUGAUUGCGACGAUAUGAUCGUAGAUCAAAUUAUCGAAGGAUGUAGAUCAGCUGAUCUGAGAAGGAAGUUAUUGACGGAUGAUUUGACGUUGCUGGAAGUAAUUAAUUUGGGAAAAACGUUAGAAGAGGUCCAGAAACAGACGAGAGAAUACGACAGACCCUCAUCUUCGUUUGACAACGGCUCUUUGGUUCAGAAAGUGGUAGGAAAGACCGUGUCCAGUACUCGAUCAUGGGAAGGCUCAAGAAAAUGCUAUAAUUGCAAUAGACCGGGUCAUCUUGCAAGGGAAACAGACAAAUGUCCGGCGAGGAAUUCGGAAUGCUAUGGAUGUCGAACGAAAGGCCAUUUUAAAAUUUGCUGCCGGAAGAGGAAGCACAGCGAAGCAACAAACAGUAUCAAAUACUCCGGAGCUAAGCAAAUUCGCGCAAUUCUGAAUGAUGAAACAGAAACACAGAAAGGAGUUUUCUUCGUAAAGUCUCCGAAGAUCUGA